CGGAGAGAGCGGAAAUGCUGUGUAGGCUCGUGGUGCACACCUUUAUGAAGCGUCGCACCUCCCCUGCCCCGGUCGUGGUGUUGUUCUUCUUCAUGCUUUUUGGUCGUGGUUGCUGUCGGUUGUCCAUGAGCAAGUACAAUUUCUCCUGCCUGCCUACUGAUUGGCCAAGAAGAAACGAUCUCGUGAAGGCUUCACAUCUGCAUCCGCGCCAAUGGCUGUCGUGAAAAAAGUCGCAGCUGUUGCUGCUGCCGCUGUGUUUUCUGCGACCCAGGUGGCACACGGCUUAUACACCAACGGCUCCGUCACUGCGCCAUGCGACUCACCCAUCUACUGCUACGGCGACUUGCUCAAGGAGGUUGAGCUUGCGCAGCCAUUCUCCGACUCGAAGACCUUUGUCGACCUACCAACCAAGCGCCCACUGGACGAGGUCCUUGCCGCGUUUGCCAACCUCACCAAGCCUCUGAGUAACAACACGGAGCUCAACAACUUUCUCUCCGAGUACUUUGGCGAGGCGGGCUCCGAGCUGCAGGCCGUCGACGCCGACAGCUUGCAGACGGAUCCCGUCUUUCUCGACAAGGUCGACGACGUGGUUAUCAAGGAGUUUGUGGAGAAGGUCAUUGACAUCUGGCCCGAUCUCACCCGGACCUACGUCGGCGCCGGCAACUGCACUGGCUGUGUCAACAGCUUCAUCCCGCUGAACCGCACGUUUGUGGUGGCUGGUGGUCGCUUCCGUGAGCCGUACUACUGGGACUCGUUUUGGAUCCUGGAGGGCCUGCUGCGGACUGGUGGCAACUUUACCGAGAUUUCCAAGAACGUCAUUGAGAACUUCCUCGAUAUUGUCGAUCUCUACGGCUUCAUGCCUAACGGUGCUCGCGUUUACUAUUUGAAUCGCUCCCAGCCGCCGCUCUUGACCCAGAUGGUCAAGACGUACGUCGACUACACCAACGACACAAGUAUUCUAGAGCGGGCGCUGCCUUUACUACUGAAGGAGCACAGCUUCUUUGUGAACAACCGAACGGUCGAAAUAACGAAGGGAGAUCAGACCUACACUCUGAGCCGUUACGACGUAUCCAACACCCAGCCGCGGCCCGAGUCAUAUCGCGAAGACUAUAUCACGGCCAAUAACAAAUCAUACUAUGCCACGUCCGGCAUCAUCUAUCCCGAGACGGUCGCUCUCAACGACUCCGAGAAAGCUACUUUGUAUGCGAACCUGGCCACGGGUGCAGAGUCAGGCUGGGACUACAGCUCCAGAUGGCUUGCCAAUCCGGCUGAUGCCCAGAAUGAUGUUUACUUCCCGCUGCGGUCGCUCAAUACACGCAACAUCAUCCCUGUUGAACUCAACUCGAUCCUCUACGCCAACGAGAUCACAUUGGCUCAGUAUUUCCAGGCUGCCGGCAAUGAGACUGUGGCACAGGAGCUGCGAGACACGGCCGGAAACCGAUCUGUAGCCAUGUACGAGCUCAUGUGGAACGAGACCUACAACAGCUAUUUCGAUUACAACCUGACCUCGUCGUCUCAGAGAUUGUACGUGCCAAUCGAUGCAGACAGCACAGCCGCGCAGGAGCAAGGGGCCCCCGAGGGUUACCAGGUACUUUUCGACGUGGCCCAGUACUACCCAUUCUGGCUCGGUGCGGCGCCCGACUACCUGAAGAACAACCCUCUAGCCAUCAACAUCGCCUUCCAGCGCGUCAAAAAGCUGUUCGAUGCCAAGGCUGGUGGGAUACCUGCGACGAACUACAACACGGGCCAGCAGUGGGACCAGCCGAACGUGUGGCCGCCGUUGAUGUACGUCCUCACCAAGGCUCUGACGUUGACCCCGGCGCCAUUUGGUGACAACGACCCGGCGUACGUGGAGAACCAGGAGUUCGCCGUCAGUCUCGCGCAGCGCUACCUGGACAGCACCUUCUGCACGUGGCUCGCGACCGGCGGCUCCACGAGCGAGACGCCCAAGCUCCAAGGCCUCCCCGACAACGAAAACGGCAUCAUGUUUGAGAAGUACGCGGACAAUGCGACCAACGUGGCUGGUGGUGGCGGCGAGUACGAGGUCGUCGAGGGGUUUGGAUGGUCCAACGGCGUGCUCAUCUGGGCCGUAGACACGUUCGGCAAUAACCUCACCCGUCCCGAAUGUGGCAACAUCGUUGCCGCGCCGCCGUCGGGCGGCGAGCGCAAGAAGAGGGCGGUGCAGCUGAGUGCCAGCGACGCGAGGUUCAUCAAGAAGUUUGCUCGAAGGUCGCAGAAAUAGGGCCCGCCCGUGUUGACUUUGUUUCAAUCUACUGGUUCAUUAUUAUAACGUGUACAUGACAGUGCUGUACAGUAGUUGAAGAUUGAUAAUGUAUCCUCGUUAGCCUGUUGAAAUUAUGCUCAGCUCGAAAAGGAGCUGUGGCAUGUGCUUGAUGGAAUGAGUGUGGCACCCAAGCCGGUGUGGUCCUGCACUUCGAGCCGUACGCCAUGCCUAUCAGCCGCCUCAGGAUGAGAAAGAACACAUUUGACGCAUGCACCCU